CCAACACAUUUCUCUUGAAUUGGAAGGAAGAUUUAUGGAUUUUUACUUAAUCAAAAGCUAAGAGUUAUGCUACUUUGGCAAAACAACGUGUCAGACCAGCCAAGCACAGUGAUGUCAACCAUUAUAAAUCAAGUUCUUAACUUAGUUUACCAGAGGACCUCAGGACCUAAGGCGUAUCUCCUGGUUUUGUGGAUAUAUAUUGUCUAUAUUUGUAUGCAAAUAUGGGGGACUGGAGCUCGUUGGGGAAGCUGCUGGAGAGCGCCCAGGAACACUCCACUGUUGUGGGCAAAGUCUGGCUCACAGUGCUGUUCAUCUUCCGCAUCCUGGUGCUGGGAGGCGUCGCUGAGAAGGUGUGGGGCGACGAGCAGUCCGGCUUCCUAUGUGACACAAAGCAGCUCGGUUGUCAGAACGUCUGCUAUGACAAGACCUUCCCUAUUUCUCACAUCCGCUUCUGGUCAAUGCAGAUCAUCUUUGUCUCAACGCCAACUCUCAUUUAUCUCGGCCACAUUAUUUAUCUGGUCCGUUUGGAGGAAAAGGAAAAACUGAAAGAGAAGGACCUUGCCAUGCAGAGUGAACAGCAAACCCAGCAAUCACAUGUCACUAAAGCGAAGAAGGCCUCAAUUAAAGACAACCAGGGCCAUGUUCGCUUGAAAGGUGCACUCUUGCGUACGUACGUCUUCAACAUUAUUUUCAAGACCCUUUUUGAGGUGUUCUUUAUUGUAGCUCAGUACCUCCUGUAUGGUUUUGAGCUCAGGCCCAUGUACACCUGCAACCACUUGCCUUGCCCCAACAAGGUGAACUGCUACAUCACCAGAACUACUGAGAAGACGAUCUUCAUCCUCUUCAUGUUGACCGUGGCCUGCGUCUCUCUGCUGCUCAACCUGGUAGAAAUUUACCAUCUGGGUUUCAAAAAGUGUCAGCAGGGCCUCCGUUGCAGUCGAUCACAUUCUGUCAAUGAGGCUUCCAAGCCCCUAACUGAAGACAAACCAAUGGAGCAAACCUCAGCCCACAGCAGCAAAGUGGUCUUCGAGCAGAACAAAAACAAUAUGGCGAUGAAGAAAGGUCAAGAAGAGGAAGAUGAUGCGGAAGAGAAUAAACUCAACAGACAUGCCUUAUUAGAGUUGCAAAAUCAGCAUAGAGACGGGAACCGGAAGGAUGACCUGAUUAUUUAGAGACCUUUUAUGUGUUUCAUCAGAGAUUCAGGAACAACAUGCCUUGGCCUGUGAAAAUAUUUGCAUGUGUUUGGUGUAUUGACUUCAAAGUAGUUUUCCACUCACUCUGUAUUUUUGAAUUGAUGAUCUUCCAUAUGUGGGUGAUUAAGUAUACGAGCAAUUGACUUCCUGAAAAGCAUGCAGGAGAUAUCAAAAGCACAAAGGUGUUUUUAAACAAAAAUGAAGCUCUUCAUUAUACUAAUUUAUGACUUUGAUUAAAGUGAUGGGAUUUAAAAGAAUGCACGGUUCUUACUCAUGUUGUUUAUCGGAUAGAAGCUCUGUUGUUUCUAAAGGUCAAACAUUACAAUUUCUUUCUCACCUGUCACAAAAGUUGUCACAGACAUACUCUAGUGAUAUUUCUUCUACUCACAUGCAGCUUUAACACAGCAUAGCCAGUGCUGGAGGCAAGUUCGUGUUAGUGUGAUGUCAUAAGAACAGGCGUAAAUGUUUUAAUUAAUGUUCUGUUCAUCUGCAGCUAAGGAACAUGAACUAGAUUUUCUGAUUUAAACCUGUUAUUUUUGAUUAUCUAAAUAGUAAACGCUAAACUAUAUGUGAUUUCC